AUGGCGGAUUUCAGAAAAACAAAAACUGCAAUGGCGGAACACAUACCCGAAGAUGUGAUGAUCAAUGUUCUGGAAAGGUUACCGGUCAAAUCCUUAAUGCGGUUCAUCUGCGUUUCAAAGCGCUGGCGUUUCAUCAUAUCCGACCCACAAUUCGCCAAAUCCCAUUACAAAUUAUCUUGUGAGAACCAAACCAUCCGCCGCAGAUUUUACCUCUCCAACUCCAACAGAUUUGCACUUGAUUCCCUAGAUUUCGAGUCACCUUCGCCAUUGUUGAGAGAGGUUAGAAUCCCAUUUGAGCAACCAGGUAUCAAGUACUGGUCGUUGCGAUGUUCCUGCAAUGGUUUGGUAUGUGCAGUAGUUUCUGUCUCCACCUCAGCAAAGUAUCACUUGUAUAUUUGGAACCCAUCAACUGGAUUCCUUAAAAGAUUACCUGAUCCUUCGUUUUGUGUGUACUCCAUGAGUGUCUCUUCAGGCUUCUUUGGUAUUGGUUAUUUGUCAGCCACCGACGACUACAAAAUUAUAAAACCCGGUGAGAUGCUCUCACUGAGAGCUAACGUUUGGAAAAAGAUCCAUAGUCCUUUGAAGGAUCUCUACAUACCGCCAGAGGAGGGGAUCCGUGUAAAUGAGGCACUCCAUUGGUUUUACGCACGCACUCCUUCUAUUGCUGCUUUUGAUCUGGCGACUGAGGAGUUCCGAACAAUGCCACUGCCUGCUGCUUUAAAACACACGUAUUAUGCUGUGUUGGAUUGUUCUGUACGUCUGCAAGCUUCUGUUGGAGGAUGCCUCUGUGCAUUUGAUUUUGUUAUGUUUGGUGGCUCUAUCGACUUUUGGGUAAUGAGAGAAUAUGGGGUGGCUGACUCCUGGGCCAAGCUCUUCAAGUUUAACGUCCCCGUUCCGUCUGAGAAUAUAUACGAGUCCGAACGGCUGGUAGUUUCCGACACUAGUAUAACUCUCGAGAGAGCGAAUGUAGGGUUUUUGUGA